AUGACUCAUGAUUUAACCCAACAAAAACAAAAACGACAAGAAGAAGAAAGAGAGAUUACACCAACAGAUGCUAUUCGUAUUCAACAGGAAUUAAAAAGAUGUGGAUGUGAACCCGUCGCUGCGGAAUGCCAUGGUCGUAUGUUUCCAUCUCAGUAUGGAUCACCAUCGCAGAUGUUGCGAUGGGCAACACCCUAUCAACUGUCUGGUGAACGGCAGCAGCGAGAGAAAAGAAAUCACACUUCCUUUUUAUCAUCAUUAAGUGCAUCAUAUAUUCGUGUAGAACCCUGUAUACAUCACAAGUGUAAAAAAAACAAAAAAUGUAUAGAUACAAUAGAUCCACAAUCCACAAAGACGACAAUGAAACCACCACCAUUUCCAAGUAUCGCAGCAAGAUUAGAGAAUGAUAUAGCCUUAGGACUCGCUGCUUCUCUCUGGGAUAGUGGUAAUGUGGUGGGUCACUGUAAUGAUCGACUUGCCCAUCUGUUGGUACUUUCUACCACUAUUGUACAAUCUAUGCGGAAAGAGGAAAGAAAGGAAAAGGAAGUUUUUCUUUCAUUACAACUACGUGAGGCUUUCAUGUCUCUUAUAGAGCAUCUCGUCUAUCUUGAGUGUGUAGCCGCAAAUGCAUUGUUACGAACGCCAUCGAAACCACAAGAAGAAGAAAAAGAAGAAGAAUAUUUUGAACGGACUCAGGGAUGGUGGUUGAAAUGUUCAGAAAGUGAUUUCUUUUAUAAAAAAGUAACGGAAAUGAAAAUUCCUUCUGUAUAUUUUACCACUGCCGUGGAGAGUACUACUCGUGUUCUUAAAGGAUUAGUAGAACCCAAAACAUUAACAGGACCAACUGUUUCCCCAACAUGGCAAUAUUCUCUUGUUCGCACGGCCAAUGAUGUUCCCAAUCGUUAUGAUAUUCUUGAUGCGAUUGCUUAUGUUCUUCAACCCUGUCGUAAUCUCACUAUACGUCGUACCUUUUGUGCGGUGGCACGGCAAUUGGGAUUAGAUAUCUUAAGAGCAGCGGGUGAAGAUAAUGUUGGGAUACGUGGGGCUGCAGCGGCUAUUCAUAUUCUUCAGUAUAUUAAUGGAAGAGCUCUCUGUUUAACAGUAGAGGAGCGGGAGGUGGCACGAAAACUGGGAAAGACACUUGAAAAGAAGGAACAAUAUUUAACAGCCUUAAUGUCUCCAGAGAUUUUAAAUGAGGCAACGCAGCCGAUAAGGGAAUUGAUCAGAGAAGUGUAUAUUUUUGGUGGUACUUGA